CUCUCACCUGUCCAGUCGGUAAUUAUGUACAUAACUACUAUUGUUUAGUUAUGGAAUAUGUAUUACUAAUCGAUGAUUGGUAAGCGCUACACCCCUUUGGCAACUUUCAGACAACGCAUCCAUGUCGCAUCCCAUGAGUACCUCGCCACCUCCCACUCCGCCAUCGAGGGCCUUAAGAGAUAAUGAAUGGAGAUUCGAACCUAUUACAUUGCCAUGUGAGUGGGUGGAGGAUUACCGCCCAGGUGGUUAUCAUCCCGUCGUUCUCGGCGACAUCUUCAAGAACGGCCAGUACAAGGUCAUCCGGAAGCUGGGCGAGGGCUCCUACUCAACCGUGUGGCUGGCCCGUGACCUGAAAAACAGUGGAUAUGUCGCCCUGAAGAUUCUUGUGUCGGAUAUCUCGGGAUCGACAACCGAGCUACGAAUCUUACGUCACAUCACCGAAGUCGCUCCGGUAGUAGGGGCCCGGCAUAUCACACGACUGCUAGGUGAGUUCGAACACCGCGGCCCCAAUGGUGUCCACAGAUGCCUAGUAUUUGAGCCGAUGGGUCCGAGUGUGAAUACUAUGGUUGAGGAGCUGCCGCAAUUUAAACCUCGCAUGCAAGGAAUGAAGAUCCGCUAUCCGCUUCGGAUUGCAAAGAGCAUCCUCAAGCAAUCAUUGCAGGCUCUUGCAUUUCUCCACGAAAACGGUAUCGCCCAUGGAGACUUCCAACCGUGCAACAUACUUUUUACUCUUGACGAUAUCAACUCAACGCCUGAGGACCUGCUGCGGCAGGAAGAAGAUGUACAAGCCGAGUCGAUCUCACCCCCGGUACAGAGAGUAGACGGUAAAGAAGAUAAAUGGGCCCCUCGAUAUCUUUGCGUUGGGCAACCCCUAGUGCCCUUUACCUACUAUGGCGAAGGUUUCAAGGUCAAAUUAUCCGAUAUGGGCGGCGCAUAUUUCUUCACCGACCCGCCAGCAAAGCCCGUUACUCCACUCGGUCUUCGAGCUCCCGAGUUGAUUCUUACCGGAACCGUUGACAAUACGCUUGAUGUCUGGAGUUUCGGCUGCCUUGUCUUUGAGCUUAUCACCGGACAGCCACUAUUCUGUAUACCGGGGUCAGACUUUGAAGAUGACGAUCAUCUUCUCUCCCUCACCGCCCGGCUCGGCGCCCUCCCCGACGAGCUCUUCAGGCAUUGGAAUGCCUCAUCGCUCUACUUUACGCCCGAGAGGAAGCUCUUUAACUGUCAACUUGGAGGAGUCGCUCCGGGGCAGGAACCUCUUAUAAUGGAGCAGACGUCCAUGGAGGAGUUAUUCGAUCAGGCUAGCCCAGAUCUUGAUGAGAAGGAAGCCCACGAAGUCAAGGCGCUCAUUCGAUGGAUUUUGCAAUAUGAUCCCGCGAAGAGACCUUCGCCUGCGGAAAUCUUGUCUGAUCCAUGGUUCUGUGAAAUUGACGUCGAGAGCGGCUCGUCCAAGGUAUCCCUAGUCUAGUUAUACUUCCGUCACGCGUAGCC